AUGGUCUACAGUAGAGCUGCCACCCGCACGCUACACACUCUUCGACAUCAAGUCGGGGACAAGCCACCCAGGCCAUUUGUCCAGCGGUCGUUCACCGCCACUCGCUCAAGACGCAACGCGUGGACCGGCCAUGGUGCCCACCACAGCAGCAACAGUCGUUUUGGACCAGCGGUGACAGUUGGUUGCGUAGGUGGAGGCGUUGUCUUGCUGGCCUGGUUUCUUUGGGAGAACUACAUCGACCCCCGUCCAACCAGCUUUCCCAUCGAACAAGCGAAGAACUACCAGAGUCCAGGGCCGGAGCAGUUCAGAUUCGACUUUAGAGAGAUUACCCCCGGUCCAACUGACGAAGUCAUUCGGUCAUUGAAAGAGGUGGCCGACAAGUAUUCUCCAUGGAUACCAGGUGGGCGCGAGUUCGUUGAACAGUCCUUUAGUGACUUGGAGACGGUGAGAGAAAAGCAUGGGACGGAAGUGAAUGAGAUUGUGCGGGAUACGUACGAAGAGCUACGAGACGUCUCAUCAAGAAAAGGCACGAGCCUGGAGACUGUCAACGCAACAUGGUACAUCCUGUCGCGAAGACUUGAAGAGCUGUCAUCACUGGCAGGCGAUGUCGCACAGCAGAUCUUGGAAAGCAACCCUUCGUUGAGGGAUAGAUUGGAUGGUUCAUUCGAGCAGUUGAGGCGAUUGGGUGAUCGUCUUGGGCCAGGUGCCAAGAGAGAGGUGGACGAGACCUUCUGCGAGGUUUCCAAAAUUGUCAAGCAAGGUGUUGAUGACGCUACUGUUGACCGUAUCAACAGGAUCGUGCAGGACAAAGCUCGACACAUCAAAUCUCGAAGUGAACAGGCCUGGUACGUCGCCAUGGAGCAGAUGCAACCCAUGCUCGAUCGAAACCCCCGAGUCAAGCGCAUCGUUGAUGAAAAUAUCGACACCUUACGGCAGGCACGAGCAAAGGAAGUCUCGGAGAAGAUCCGUCAGGCCGUCAUGAGUGGCAGCACCGGCGAGUUGGAACGAUUCAUCAAGGACAUCUCCAAGAAGACGCAGCAGCAUUCGAGCGGCAGCCUGUCAAAUUGGUUGAGUAGAUUACCGGAUGGCUCGAAGAUCUUGCCUCAGCUUCAGCAACUGAAGGAGGCGGCGGAGACUAAGAGUGCAGAUGCGGAGCAGUUGGCGAGAGAGACGCUGAAUGACGUCUCUAGGAUACUGGACCAGAGGACAAGGCAAGCCGAGAGCCUGUUGAGGUCUCGCUCGAGGGAUCAGGGGAACAAGAGCGCGUGGUUGUGA